AUGGUCGUCGAAGAAGAUGCAGGGCAGCUAGCAGUUGUGUACAACAAACUUUUUGGCUUGAAAAUUCCAUGUUGGGCCCGAAUUUCAUGGAGCGAGCCCGUUGGUGAGGAGGGGGGAGGACGGGCUGUUGAGGAGGCCCCGAAGGCGUUGUGGGGGCUGAGUAUAAGGCCCAAUGUCCAAGGAGGAGCUAGAAGUUUCGACGAAGAAGCUUUAGUAGAGGGAGGCAUUGUCGAAGGGGGGUUGGACAAAAAGGAGGCCGUGGUGAUUUGUAACGAGUUGGGUCAGGCAUCCUGCAAAGUAGUGAUAGUUGGACUGGAGUCCAACAGCCAGGCCACAGGUGUGGGUGGGGCGGCAGAAGCAGAAGCGAUGUAA